AUGCUUGGUGUGUCCUUGUCAUGUAAAAUUACAAAUUUAAACCAAAAUCUACUUGGCCUUCUUGAAAAAUGCAAAUCAAUGCUUGAACUGAAGCAACUUCAUGCUGUUGUGAUCUCCUUCGGCUUAUCUCAAGAUGACCCAUUUAUAUCCAAAAUUCUUUGUUUUUCUGCUCUAUCCAAUUCAGGCAACAUUAACUAUUCCUACAGGGUUUUUUCCCAGCUUUCCAGGCCAACAAUUUUUAACUGGAAUACAAUCAUAAGAGGCUACUCAAAUAGCAAACUUCCCAUUUAUUCUCUGUCAAUUUUUCUAAAGAUGCUGCGACUUGGGGUUGCACCAGAUUACUUUACAUACCCAUUUAUUGUGAAGGCAUCAGCACGCCUUUUAAACCAGGAAAUUGGUGUAUCUGUGCAUGCUCAUAUUAUACAAACUGGGCACGAGUCUGACAGAUUUAUUCAGAAUUCUUUGAUUCACAUGUAUGCUUCUUGCGGGAAUAUUAUGUGGGCUCAAAAGGUAUUUGACAGUAUACAGGGAAAAAAUUUGGUUUCAUGGAAUUCCAUACUGGAUGGCUAUGCUAAGUGUGGAGAAAUGGUUAUGGCUCAUAAAGUUUUUGAGUCCAUGUCAGAAAAGGAUGUUCGGUCGUGGAGCUCUCUGAUUGACGGUUAUGUUAAGGCUGGGGAAUAUAGGGAAGCUAUGUCUGUCUUUGAAAAGAUGCGGGCUGUCGGGCCCAAAGCCAAUGAAGUAACCAUGGUGAGUGUAUCGUGUGCCUGUGCACAUCUGGGUGCUUUAGAGAAGGGUAAAAUGAUACACAAGUACAUAGUUGACAGUGGAUUGCUAGUGACAUUGGUCUUGCAGACUUCACUUGUGGACAUGUAUGCCAAAUGUGGGGCAAUAGAGGAGGCUUUGCUUGUAUUCCGUGGUGUCUCUAAGAGUCAAACUGAUGUGUUGAUUUGGAAUGCAAUGAUUGGAGGUCUUGCAACACAUGGGUUAGUUGAAGAAUCCCUUAAUUUGUUUAAGGAAAUGCAAAUGGUCGGUAUCCUACCUGAUGAGGUCACGUACUUGUGCAUGUUGGCUGCCUGUGCCCAUGGAGGGUUAGUUAAAGAAGCAUGGUACUUCUUUGAGAGUCUUAAUAAAUGUGGCAUGACACCUUCAAUCGAGCAUUAUGCUUGCAUGGUAGAUGUGCUGGCACGUGCAGAUCAAUUAACCACUGCAUACCAAUUUAUUUGUCGAAUGCCCAUAGAGCCAACAGCUUCCAUGCUAGGUGCCCUUUUUAGUGGGUGCAUUAACCAUAGAAAUUUAGCUCUUGCAGAAAUAGUUGGCAAGAAACUUAUUGAGCUAGAACCAAAUCAUGAUGGUAGAUAUAUUGGUUUGUCAAAUGUUUAUGCUGUCGACAAACGCUGGGAUGAUGCAAGAAGCAUGAGAGAAGCUAUGGAGAGAAGAGGGGUGAAAAAAUCACCUGGGUUUAGUUUUGUUGAAAUAUCUGGAGUCCUUCAUAGAUUUAUUGCUCACGAUAAAACGCAUCCUGAUUCAGUGGAAACUUAUUGUAUGCUAAAUUUUGUUGUUCGUCAAACGAAAUUUAGCUUUUACAAGGACAAUAAGGAAAAGUCGCUGAAGGAUACAUCAAUGGGAGAUGAAUUUUUUCUCUUUUGA